AUGUCAGGCUUUGGAGGUCCGGGAGGACGAGCGAUUACCUAUAAGCCAUCGCCACCAGAGCGAGGCUCCUUCCCACUCGACCACGAUGCUGAAUGCAAGCACUUUAUGACAUCCUACCUGAAGUGCAUCAAAUCGCAGAGCCCACCAGGGCAGAAUAACCCCGAAUGCAGAUUACACGCGAAAGAUUAUCUCAACUGCAGGAUGGACAAAGGCCUUAUGGCGAAAGAUGAAUGGAAGAAUCUGGGACUCGAGAUGGGACCCGCAGUGUCUGAGACGAAUCCUGCGGACAAGCCUCAAGGUCCGUAA